AUGGCAACAGAUAAAUUUAUUAUUGAAGUUGAAUCAGCAAAACCUGCUAAAGAUGGAAGACCAUCAAUGGGUCCUGUUUAUAGAAGUAUUUUUGCUAAACAUGGAUUUCCUCCACCUAUUCCUGGGCUUGAUAGUUGCUGGGAUAUUUUUCGUAUGUCAGUGGAGAAAUAUCCUAACAAUCGGAUGCUUGGACGCCGUGAGAUUGUAGAUGGAAAACCUGGCAAGUAUGUGUGGAUGUCUUACAAAGAAGUUUAUGACAUUGUGAUUAAAGUAGGAAAUUCCAUCCGGAGCAUUGGUGUGGAUGUGGGAGACAAAUGUGGUAUCUAUGGUGCCAAUUGCCCUGAGUGGAUAAUAAGCAUGGAGGCAUGCAAUGCUCAUGGACUUUACUGUGUUCCUCUGUAUGACACCUUAGGUGCUGGUGCUGUGGAAUUUAUCAUUUCCCAUGCUGAGGUUACAAUUGCUUUUGUUGAAGAGAAAAAACUUCCUGAGCUUCUGAAAACUUUUCCAAAUGCGUCAAAGUACUUGAAAACUAUUGUGAGUUUCGGAAAGGUCACUCCUGAACAGAAAAAAGAGCUUGAAGAGUUUGGGGUGGUUCUUUACUCGUGGGAUGAGUUUCUUCAAUUGGGAAGCGGAAAACAAUUUGAUCUUCCAGUGAAAAAGAAGGAAGACAUCUGUACAAUAAUGUAUACUAGUGGAACGACCGGAGACCCCAAAGGUGUCCUGAUUUCAAAUACUAGCAUUGUUACUCUUAUAGCUGGAGUAAGGCGUUUCCUUGGGAGCGUGGAUGAGUCGUUGAAUGUGGACGAUGUGUAUCUUUCGUAUCUUCCCCUGGCACAUAUCUUUGAUCGAGUGAUUGAAGAGUGUUUCAUUCAUCAUGGUGCCUCGAUAGGAUUUUGGCGAGGGGAUGUCAAGUUACUAACCGAAGAUAUUGGAGAACUGAAACCAACUGUCUUCUGUGCUGUACCUCGGGUACUAGACAGAAUAUAUUCAGGUUUGCAACAGAAAAUUGCUGCUGGUGGUUUUCUCAAAAGCACGUUGUUCAAUCUUGCCUAUGCUUACAAACACCACAAUUUGAAGAAGGGGCGUAAACACUUUGAAGCUUCUCCGCUUUCUGACAAAGUUGUCUUCAGUAAGGUAAAAGAAGGGUUAGGAGGCAGAGUACGACUUAUAUUGUCUGGAGCAGCGCCCCUUGCAGCUCAUGUGGAAGCUUUUUUGCGAGUUGUGGCAUGCUGUCACGUUCUUCAAGGAUAUGGUUUGACUGAAACGUGUGCUGGUACAUUUGUGUCGCUACCCAACCGGUAUGAUAUGCUUGGUACGGUUGGUCCUCCCGUGCCCAACGUGGAUGUGUGCUUGGAGUCCGUUCCUGAAAUGUCAUAUGAUGCUUUGUCAAGCACGCCACGUGGAGAAGUGUGUGUGAGGGGGGACAUUCUAUUUUCAGGCUAUUACAAGCGUGAGGACCUAACGAAAGAAGUCAUGAUUGAUGGGUGGUUUCACACAGGUGAUGUUGGCGAGUGGCAACCUAACGGUAGCUUGAAAAUAAUUGACCGCAAGAAGAACAUUUUCAAGCUCUCACAAGGUGAAUAUGUGGCUGUCGAAAAUCUGGAGAAUAUCUAUGGCAAUAAUCCUAUUAUUGACUCGAUAUGGAUAUACGGGAACAGUUUCGAGUCCUUCCUUGUUGCUGUUAUUAACCCAAACCAACGAGCAGUUGAACAAUGGGCCGAAGUUAAUGGCUUGUCUGGGGAUUUUGCUUCCUUGUGUGAAAAGCCGGAAGUGAAAGAGUACAUACUUCGAGAGCUAACAAAAACCGGAAAAGAAAAGAAGUUGAAGGGCUUUGAGUUCCUAAAAGCGGUACACCUUGAUCCUGUGCCAUUCGACAUGGAACGAGACCUUCUAACUCCGACAUUCAAGAAGAAAAGACCCCAAUUGCUCAAAUACUACAAGGAUGUGAUUGACAGCAUGUACAAGGGUACCAAGUGA